UGCCCUUCUGCAGUUUAUGGCAGAAAACAUGGCGGCGCCCUUGAUCAGACAGACAAAAUUGUUGUCGAUGGUUUGCAGUCAGUUAAAUUAUGGUGCAUGUUCGAGGAACAUUCACUGCACAGCAGCCUGUUUAAAGAACCGUGCAGCUCGUAUUCGAGUGGGUAAAGGAGACAGGCCAUUGACUUAUGAGCAGUCAUAUCACCCCCAUCACAUCGGGCACAGGAAGGGCUGGCUGUCCCAACACACCAGCAAUCUUCAAGGUGAAGAAGGAGCGGCAGAGCGGAUAGUGGAGGACGUCUUCAUCAGGCGCUUCAUGUACGGCACAUUUCAUGGCUGUUUAGCUGAUGAACUGGUGAUCAAACGCAGGGGAAACAUCCUUGUCAUUUGUGCUGUGAUGAUACAGAAGCUCUUACCAACUAAACUUUAUUUUCUCAUCGGGUACACUGAGGAACUGCUGUCUCAUUUCUACAAGUGUCCAGUUAAAAUGGAGGUCCAGACAGUAGAAGAAAAAGUAGUCUACAAAUAUCUCUAAAAAGAUAAUGUGCUUGUCAAUUAAGUUGUCUUUAUGUCCAUGUUUAAAACUGUACAGAAACAAUAAAUUACUUU